GUGUUCUUACAGAAUGGGAUAACCAAUAGACGCCAUAGAAGGAAAGAGGGCAUUCUUCACCACUUAUUCUAGCAACUGAUAAAUUCUCCACCCAAUAUAAAAACAAUAUCAAUUCUUCUCACUUAAUUCCUUAUCUAUAUCUACUUCUGUUUCCCUCCUUAUUUUAAAUCCUUCAUUGCCAAUGCCAAUGCCAAUGCAUAAAAAUUAAGAAUGCCAAUUCUGCAAUUGGGAAUUUAAAAUCAUGCGUUGAAAUGAAGCGAGCUACGUAAAAAAUCUUACUUUUGUUCUAAUGGCUUUUGUUGUGACUGCCGUACAGUUGCCUAGUUUGAAAACUAUACAUGUGUAUGAAGAAGCAUAUAAAUUUGGUGGUAGAAAUGGGAUGAUUAAGCCAAGUAGAAAGAGAAUGAGAAGAUAUUCAAGGUGUCUAUCAGGGGGAGAAGAGGAGGAAGGCCAUAACAGAUUUGAAGAUAAUUCUGUAACUGAUUCCCAGGUAGGAACCAAAAUUAUGCCAGAUGUCUGGAAAGGUGCUACGGAGUUUUCAAAUUUUAGGGGAGGAACUAGAGCAGGACUGUUCCGUACUCCAUCAUCAGGAGGUGUCCAAAGUGCAACUGGAGCUCAUGACCUUCCUCAUCCUGCAGUUGCUGUGCGCAAUUUAAUGGAGCAGGCACAUUAUGGACAUCUUUGCACCAUCAUGUCUGAAAUGCAUCACCGCCGUCGUGGUUAUCCAUUUGGUUCUUUGAUUGAUUUUGUGCCUGAUGAUCAUGGACAUCCUAUUUUCUGCUUUUCACCUCUUGGAAUACAUACAAGGAAUGUGCUUGCAGAUGCACGAUGCACAUUAAUGGUUCAGAUUCCAGGGUGGACUGGCUUGGCAAAUGCAAGAGUUACUUUAUUUGGGGAUGUGUACUCAAUGCCUGCAGAGAAGCAGGAAUGGGCAAGAAAGUAUUUCUCAAGCAAGCAUCCUCAGGAAACAUGCCAACAGUGGGGAAAUUUUUCUUAUUAUCGUAUGGCUAAAAUAAGUGACAUAUACUUUAUGGGUGGAUUUGGUACGGUGGCUUGGGUGGAUGUGAAUCAGUAUAUAUCUGCUCAACCAGACUCCAUUGUAGUCAGUGGCUUCAAGCAGUCUUUAAAGGUCCUCAAUGGGAUUUUCUCUAAAGCAUUGGUGAAGAUCCUCUCAGAUGAAAUCAAGGUGGAUGAUGUCGAAAUCAUUUCAAUUGAUAGAAAAGGAAUUGAUAUUCGAGUCCUCCAAGGAAAUCACUUCAAUAUCCGAAGAUUAUCUUUUCAGCAACAAGUUGACACUCUAGAAGGAGCAAAAUUGGCCCUUUCAAAGAUCAUAGAAAUGGGAUCGACUACAGAAUUUUAGACUGAAAGCUUGGCAAUGGAUGCACUUUGUAGGAUAAUAAUAAUGAAAGAAACUGGUAGUUGAACCCAACCUCUCAGAUUAGAACCCAAACUGCCUUAGACCAAAUUAGGCUUCCCAAGAAGAAUGUAAAAAUUGAAGACCAGAGAGAUAACAAUGUAAUAUUAUGACCGUUUUAAAAUUCUAAACAAAUUUUCAUUCAAACAUGUCCAAAUUA